AUGAAUGCUACUCUAUCUGAAUCUCCUCCGGCGGCUGACGCAGAACAAGUCCGGCUGAUGAGGGAGCGAAUUCAUCUAAUCAAGGAUGUAAAUGAAGCUCUCAACCAGAAUACCCACCCUGUCAGUGAUCGGAAGACCAAGUUCAGUCGUUCCGAGGAAGCUCAUUCCGCGCAUCUGCCUCCGCUGCCUCCAAUGCUCCCACGCCCAGACUACUCUCUCACGGCCAAUCUCAUCAACCCAGACGACGAGGAAGUCCAUUUCUACAUAGCCUGCGCGACUGGCUCCCUUCAAGAAGUCGCCUCCUUCACCCAGAAGACCCCCACGCCAAGCCAAGCAAUUCUCCAACACGGUCUCGAGCAAGCCUCGUUCGGAAACCAACCAGCCGUCGCGCAGUACCUCCUAUCGCGCGGUACACCCCUCCACAGCAACGUCUUCAGCCGCGCCCGCCGCGUCACGACCAAAGACAGCUCCUACCUCGCCGACAGCAGCAUCUUCGAGAACACACAUACCGGUGGGGACACCCUCAUACCCCUGAUCCGCGUCCUCCUGGACUCCGGCUGGCACCCGAACCAAGCGUGGCGCCGCGCAACCUUCAACGAGGAGAGAACGCCGCUGCUGUACGAGGGCUGCAUCGCCAACAAACCCCUCGUCGAGCUCCUCCUCCAGCGCGGCGCGGACCCCAACAUCGCCUCCAGCCCAGACGGCGAAGAGCGAAGGGGAGGAAGGCCCUACUACAUCAAGAAACCCAACUCCUCCAGCAGCCUGACAAACUCGGCAGUGCUAGUUCCAGUCACCUCUUUGUUCGAACGACCUAUUGAUAUUCACGCCUCUGAACUGCUCCUGUUUUCCGAGACCGAGCCAGCACAGACUAACACAACCUUCAACGUGGUCAGGAACCAUUGCUCUCACCCAAGCAUCUGA